AUGUUGCUAGUAUUCUUCGACGCGUUCAACAAAUGGGUGGAACUGGUGCCCCUGCGCAAAGCCACCACGGCACAGCUGGAAAAGGCGUUCCGGGAACGAAUCCUGAGUCGCUUCGGAGUCCCCAGAAGGUUCGUCUGCGACAACGGGACACAAUUCACCAGCCGCUCCUUGAGGGAUUUCUGUAAACUCGCCGGCAUGGAAUUGGAUCAUACGGCUCCAUACACACCUCAGCAAAACCCAACCGAGCGGGCCAAUAGGACAAUCAAAACCAUGAUCGCCCAAUACAUCGACGGGGACCAGCGGACAUGGGACGACCUCCUCCCAGAGCUCAGCCUGGCCAUCAACAGCAGCAACUCCGACCCACCACAGACUGCGCCUCAGAACACGGCCGAAGCUCCAGGGACUCCUUGGAUGAAGGCCGUCCAAGCUUUCCAGGCCAUACAGGACGCGCGCAACCGCGAACGGGCCGAAGCGGGCGGCGAACAUGACACCAGCAGCGAGGCGGAAGGGUCGGAGGACGACAGCGAAGAGGAGCCAGAAGUGCUGAGCAGCGAGGCGGAACGGUCGGAGGACGACAGCGAGGAGCCGGAGGUUAUGAGCAGCCAGUCGGAGGAACGGGAAUCCGGAGUCAGCGAGGGCGACUCAUCGUCCCAGGCGAGCUACGAGCCACGGACACCUUCCUACUCCCCAACGGGAGGGCAGUCACCAGAACCGCUGAGCAGCGAGCCUCGGUCAGGCACGGCAUCCCCCGAGCCUCGAGGAGAUCGACGGCGAUGGGACACGCCGACACCGGAGCCUGAGGCCCCCGAAGAGCCCACCAGAGCCCCGUCAACGGAGCCCGUCAUCAUCAGCGAUGACGAGACCGAGGAGACCGACGCCCCAGGCCUUAGCGCGUCGGCAGACGAGGGGGACACGUCACUGGAGUUGGACGAGGAAAUAGCGGACGGCCUAAUGGCCGCGUACGAGGAACUCCCCACACUCGAUGCGGUUCAAGCGGAGCAGGAUUGGACGGUGGCACCAGAGGGAUGGCGAGUGGAGACCCCAGUGGAGUGGGGUGGAGUGGAGUCGAUUGCCGCGAAGUCUCAUAGACAGCGUAAUCCAACGACACGGCCGGGUCGGGCCACGGUCCCGAACGCUGGAGAACUUUGCGGGACAACGUUUCCGCAUAUCCAUUAA